CAAUACCACCUUCUUCUUUUCAAUGAUGGUUUCCUCUGUUUCAAAAUCCAGUCUUUCUAUUCCGUUUCUCCCUCCUCCUCCUCCUUCGUCUUCUCCAAGCAGUACUAGUGACAGCAUUAGUGACACCGACGAUGGAAGCAGCAUAAGCCCUUUUUCGUCGAAUCGAUUUGAUUCCCUUGACGUCAAAAAGUUUCAACUUUCUUCCAUACCCGUUUCUGGGUUUUCUUCGCAUCGAUCCUUGGCUGUUCUCUCGGGUCACAUCGGCUCUGUUUCUUGCCUGGCCUUGUGUGGCGAGUUCAUCCUCAGUGCUUCUCAAGGCAAGGACAUCAUCGUAUGGCAACAGCCUGAUUUGAGGGUUUUCACGAAGUUCGGACAGGGAGAUGGAUCUGUCAAAGCUCUUGUCUCAGUUGGCGACAAGGUUUUCACAGCACAUCAAGAUAGCAGAAUCAGAGUCUGGAAGGUUUCCAGAAGCUCCGAGAACGUGUUCAGGCUUGUAGAUUCGUUACCCACAACGAAGGACUAUUUGGGGAAAUUCAUGAAGCAGAGCAACUACGUCCAAACUCGAAGGCACCACAAGAAACUAUGGAUCGAACAUGCUGAUAGCAUCUCAUGCUUGACAGUUUGUAACGGCUUAAUCUACUCAGGAUCAUGGGAUAAGACCCUAAAGGUAUGGAAGCUCUCAGAUUUGAAGUGCUUGGAAUCCAUUAAAGCUCACGAUGAUGCCAUCAAUGGCGUGGUUUCUUGUAAAGGGAUUGUGUAUUCUGCUUCUGCAGAUGGGAAGAUCAAAGCUUGGACACCAGGGAAGGAGAAGAAAACGCAUUGUUUAAAAGGGAUUCUAGAGGGUCACAAAGAUGUUUCAUUCAAUUCUGUGCUUGUUUCUGAUGAUGGAAAGUGGGUUUAUGGAGGAGGAUCAGAUGGGUAUAUAAUGGGAUGGGAAAAUAAUAGUAAUAAUAACAGUAAUAGUGGGAAUUCUUCUGCUAAUAGUAAUUGGAGUUUAGUUUCUGAAACAAAAGCACAUGAAAUGGCAGUUCUGUGUAUGUGUUUAAUAGGGGAGUUUCUGUUCAGUGGAUCAGCAGAUAAGAGUAUUGUUGUUUGGAGGAGAGAGGCAUUUGGGAAGCUUAGUAAAUUAGAGGUCAUAAAUGGCCAUGAAGGACCAGUGAAGUGCUUGCAGGCAAGUUUUGAUAGGGUUGGAGGUGGGUUUUUGCUCUAUAGUGGAAGUCUUGAUAAAAGCCUGAGGGUCUGGUGGGUUCCUAAGUACAGUGAUGAAACACAAGACAAGUCAACAACAAUAAUUCCAACAAGCUCUCUCAACAACAAAACCAUUGUCGGAUAAGGUUGUUGUUUCACUUGGCAGAAGCAAACCUUUUAUUGACUAUAGUGUUAUUUUGCGUUUGAUUCUCAUCAGUGAUCUGCUCUUGGUAAAGUUUGCGAGGUUCUUUUAUGAAGCAGCAGAUUCCUAUUUUUUCUGUAUCUGCAAUGCUUCCUUCUUCAUUGAUUGGUGGAGUAACAUACGAGAUAGAAGGCCAAAAGUUUGAAUUUUUUUUUUCCUUUUCUCUGUAAUUGCAUUGAUACUUUUCUGUUUCUUUGUGUCAUUCAAUGUAUGAUAUUUUUUAGGAUUAAAUCAAGGAGGGGUUCCUUGAUUUCUCAUUUUAUUUCGGAUUAGAAAGUGGAGGUACAUAAGAUAGAGAGCAAAGAGGUGUGAUUAUACAUUGUUAAUUUCAUUAUUCUGUAUUUUUUAUUGUGGGUGUUGUAAUUAUUGAUUCAAUUGAUGGAAAU